UCGACACUGCCGUAUUUUCUCUGUCUCUAAAGUAUGUUCAGAAAAGGGCGUUGCAAAAAUCGCAUGAAAAACCCCAAUGGCAAAUGUGGUCAGAUGUGUUCUUAGGAGAAGAAAGUUUCGAUCAGGUACCAUCUCUGGUCCAGUUAAUUAGAAAAAUUUCAAUAGAUUACCUAUCUGAAUGCACGCCCAUAGUUCUAUACGACAGAUUUGCCGAAACAGACGACAAUCUGUUCCUCGAAAAGUUAUUUCGUAACUUUCCGCUGACAUAUAUCCACGGCCAAAUUACAACCAACUAUUCAAUUAAAGUAAGCGAUAUACGAAGUAAUAUAAAAACUUGCGUCAGUUAUUUAUUAAUUAUGAAGGAUGUGAUGAGAUGUAGAGACGUUAUUGGCGAACAACAUAACAAUAAAGUUAUAGUGGUUGCAAGAUCGACUCAAUGGAGAGUGUUUGAGUUCUUAAGCAACGAAAGAUCUCAGAGUUUUACAAAUCUAAUGGUAAUUGCUAAGUCUGAACGAAUUGUUACAUCCACUGAAGAAAGUUCUUACAUUUUGUAUACCCACAAACUAUAUAUGGACGCUUUGGGUUCGAGCCAGCCUUGGGUUCUCACGUCCUGGAUAAGAGGCAAAUUAUCCAGGCCCGAAAUCAAUUUAUUUCCCACUAAAAUGAGUCAAGGAUUUAAUGGUCAUCGAUUUAUAAUAUCGAUCGCAAAUCAGCCUCCUUUCGUUAUACGAAAAGGUCGAGAUGUCAACGGUGAAUUCGAGUGGGAUGGAAUCGAAAUACGAUUAAUCGAACUUUUAUCUAGAAUCCAUAAUUUCACAACCGACUUCAGAUUUGCUAAAGAUGAAGAAACCCUAGGGUCGUCGAAUGCUGUGGCUAAACAAGUGUAUGAAGGUAGGGCAAAUUUGGGGGCGGCUGGUUUAUAUACGACUCAGGAAAAAAUAAAUGAAGUCGGUAUGUCCCAAUGGCACUCUCAAGAUUGUGCGGCGUUUAUCACUAUAACGUCUACUGCUUUGCCGAGGUACCGUGCAAUUCUGGGCCCAUUUCAUUGGACGGUAUGGAUGGCUUUAACGAUAGUAUAUUUAGUGGGCAUAUUUCCUUUGGCAUUCUCCGAAAAACACACCCUAACACAUCUUAUGAAAAACCCAGAAGAAAUAGAAAAUAUGUUCUGGUAUGUGUUUGGAACCUUUACCAAUUGUUUUACUUUUACGGGGAAAGCGUCGUGGAGCAAGGGUGAAAAAAUGACAACACGUUUGUUAAUUGGCUUUUACUGGAUUUUUACGAUUAUUAUAACUGCUUGUUAUACUGGAUCCAUAAUUGCUUUCGUCACAUUGCCAAUUUAUCCGAGUGUUAUCGAUACGGUGGAGCAGCUUUUAUCUGGAAGAUAUCAAAUAGGUACCUUGGAGAAAGGUGGCUGGCAAUAUUGGUUUACGAAUUCAUCUGAUGAAGCAACGAAAAAGUUAUUAAGAAAAUUAGAUUUAGUCCCAAGCGUAGAAUUGGGCUUAAAAAACACAACUAAAGCUUUCUUUUGGCCUUAUGCUUUUCUUGGUUCUAGAGCUCAAUUGGAUUUUAUUGUUAGAACAAAUUUCAGCACAACUGCGAAACGUGCUUUGUUACAUAUCAGCAAAGAGUGUCUCGUACAAUUCAAUGUCGCGUUAGUUUAUCCAAAAAACUCUAUCUACCAAGAAGUAUUAAACAAAGGUGUUUUAUUAAGUUUCCAAAGUGGCCUUCUGAAGAAACUUAAAAGUGACAUGGAGUGGAGUACUAUGAGGAGUGCAACUGGCAAAUUGUUAUCUGCAAACUCAAACACUAAUGGUUUGAAAGCGCUGGUCGUAGAAGAUAGGGCACUGACUUUAGACGAUACACAGGGAAUGUUUCUUUUAUUGGGUAUAGGUUUUGUGGCAGGAGGUAUUGCUUUAUUCUCGGAAUGGUUGGGCGGUUGUUUUCAUCUUUGUAAAAGAGUUGAAAGAAGAUUAAGCCAAGUAUCUAUUGAAAGCAACCCCAGAAUAUAUGAAAGUUUAACACCCAGACAAAAAAUCGAUUCAAUACAAUAUUAUGAGUCGAUAUUAUUAGAUCACAAAUUAGGAACUAAUAAUAUAGAAGCAGAAAACGAUCUUGAAGAUUACGGGAAUAAUGUAGCAGAUUUUAUAGUACAUAAUUCUAAACAAGAAUGUAGCAAUGAGGGAGGACAAGACAGAGAUACAAAUUUCGAAAAGGAAAUCAAUGAAAUAUUCGAAAAUUUGUUUGGUGAAGAGACAGUUAAUACUGAGGGAGAGGUUAAAGAAGAGACAUUAAUCGAUGGUCGUCGUAUUAUUUAGUAUAAAAGAAAAAGUUGUACACAUAGUUCGAAUUAAUUGUUAUAAUUUGGUAUAGCUCAAGCAGGGUAAUUUUACGAAAUAAAAAACAAAAUAUAAAAAAUUACUGUUUCUUCACUGGUCUAAAAGUUUCAUAAUUUGUUUGUAAACCUCGGUACGUAAAAGCGGUGGAUGCCUAAACGAGCAUUUUCUUGUUUAGUUGUGACUGAAGAUAAAAGUGGAGUCGACUGGUUAUAUAAAAUAUUUUUGUAUCGUUGACAAUAAUUUUUGUUUUUUCUUCAGACUUUUGGUAAGAACUUUACGAACGAACCAAACAGUUAAGAUUUAGAUGUCGAGGAUUAAUGUACCUUUGUCAUACAAAAAUCGCGAAAUUCAGAGUACUUUUGUUAUUAAAAAUAAUUUUAUAUUGUAACCUUUCUAUUAAUCAGACCCAUUUUCAAACUCUGAAUGAAUUACUCGAAUUGUUCUUAAUAAAACUAAUAUU